AUGCAGGCUCGCUACUCGGUGUCCAGUCCCAACUCGCUGGGAGUCGUGCCUUACCUCGGCGGGGAGCAGAGCUACUACCGGGCCGCUGCGGGAGGGGGCUACACCGCCAUGCCGGCCCCUAUGAGCAUGUACUCGCACCCGGCCCACGAGCAGUACCCGGCCGGCAUGGCGAGAGCCUACGGCCCUUACACCCCGCAGCCGCAGCCCAAGGAUAUGGUGAAGCCCCCCUACAGCUACAUCGCCCUCAUCACCAUGGCCAUCCAGAACGCGCCGGACAAGAAGAUCACCCUGAACGGGAUCUACCAGUUCAUCAUGGAGCGCUUCCCCUUCUACCGGGACAACAAGCAGGGCUGGCAGAACAGCAUCCGCCACAACCUCUCGCUCAACGAGUGCUUCGUCAAGGUGCCCCGGGACGACAAGAAGCCGGGCAAGGGCAGCUACUGGACGCUGGACCCGGACUCCUACAACAUGUUCGAGAACGGCAGCUUCCUGCGGCGGAGGCGGCGCUUCAAGAAGAAAGACGCCGUCAAGGACAAGGAGGAGAAGGACCGGCUGCACCUCAAGGAGCAGCCCCAGCCCCGGCAGCACCCGCAGGCCGAGCAGGAGGGCGGCGGGGCUGGGGGCGCGGCGGGGAGCGGGGCGGGCCCGCAGCAGCCGCCGCCGGUCCGCAUCCAGGACAUUAAGACCGAGAACGGCACCGCGUCCCCCCCGCAGGCCGGCUCGCCUCCCGGCGGGGGAGCGGCCGCCCUCAGCAGCGCCGUGCCCAAGAUCGAGAGCCCGGACAGCAGCAGCAGCCUGUCCAGCGGCAGCAGCCCCCGCAGCAGCCUCCCCUCCAGCCGCUCGCUCAGCCUGGAGGCGCCCGAUCCGCAGCACCAGCCGCACCACAGCCAAGGCUUCAGCGUGGACAACAUCAUGACCUCGCUGCGGGGCUCGCCCCAGGGCGCCAGCGACCUCGGCUCCAGCCUCCUCGCCGCCUCCUCCGCCUCCUCCUCGGCCACCUCGGUCCGCACCGGCAUCCCCCCCGCGGUGGCCCUCGGCAGCUACUCCCCGGGCCAGGGCUCCCUCUACAGCUCGCCCUGCAGCCAGGGCCCCAACCCAGGCAGCGGGGCCGCGGCCGGGGGCACCUACCACUGCAACAUGCAAGCCAUGAGCCUGUACGCCGCGGCCGCCGCCGCAGGGGGAGGCGAGCGGGGCGGCCACCUGGGCAGCAGCGCGGCCAGCCCGGUGGAAGACCCCCUACCCGACUACACCCUGCCCAGCAGCAGCAGCGCCUCCUCGCUGAGCCACGGCAGCUUGAGCACGGCGGCCGGCCACCAGGAGGGGCACCACGCCGCGCACCAGGGGCGCCUGGCCUCCUGGUACCUGAACCAAGCCACGGCGGCGGGAGACCUGGGCCACUUGGCCAGCGCCGCCGGCUACCCCGGCCAGCAGCAGAACUUCCACGCGGUGCGGGAGAUGUUCGAGUCCCAGCGGCUGGGCUUGAAUAACUCGCCGGUGAACGGGAAUAGCAGCAGCUGUCAGAUGGCCUUUCCCUCCGGCCAGUCUCUCUACCGCACCUCGGGGGCCUUCGUGUAUGACUGCAGCAAGUUCUGACCCACAGCAGGCCCCCACCCCAUCCCGAACAACACAGCAACGAGGCCAGCCUUCAAGCAAGGACUAGAUCGUUUCUUUACCAAACCAAGCCGCCUCCUGCAAGCAGCAAGCCCCGAGCGAACUCUCACGUAGUUUGUACAGAGACAGCCCCAAAAACAAAUAUAAAUAAAAACUAAGUCAUGCCUUGGUGUGUUAAAAGGACAGUGUUACUCCAAAUAACACGCAAACUCCCGUAGGCUCGGCAGGACAUGGCUUCUAGUGGGGAAUACAGAAUCGGGC